AUGACCAAUGCUGUCAACACCCUCGUCGGGGUUCUAGAGCCUCGUGUGACGGAGCUCAGCGAUGACGAUGGCGAUCGCCGCUGCUAUGUGGCCUUGAGCAGCAACCACCUCGACGCCCAGAAGGUCAUCGACCGCGUCCGCAGCCCUCAGGCCGGCGCUAUUGUGCUGUUCGCAGGUACCACUCGAGACAACUUCGACGGCAAGGCCGUCAAGGAGCUCUUCUACCACGCCUAUGAGCCGCGCGCCCUGCAAACCAUGAUGGACAUCUGUCAGACGAUGGCGAAGAAGCACUCGCUCAAGUCGAUCGCUAUGAUCCAUCGCCUUGGAAUCGUUCCCAUAGGUGAGGAAAGCAUCCUGAUCGCCGUCUCGUCUCCCCAUCGCCAGGCUGCCUGGAAGGCAGGCGAGGAAGCCCUGGAGGAAUGCAAGCGCAAGGUCGAGGUCUGGAAGAAGGAGGAGUUUGAAGGCGGUGAGGGCGUCUGGAAGGCCAACCGCGAUGGAGCCAAGGGCGAGAAGGUUGUCGAUGUCAAGGACGACACAAACGUCAACGUCCCGAUUGAACGGGGAGAUCUGGGUCCGGGCGUCUAG